GCCCCAGGACCCUCGAAAGGGCUGCGGAUGAAGAUGACAAGUGUCCGCUGCAAGCUGGCCCAGUAUCUAGAGGACCUCGAGGAUGUGGACCUCAGGAAAUUCAAAAUGCACUUGGAAGAUUAUCCACCCGAGAGGGGCUGCAUCCCACUCCCCAGGGGCCAGAUGGAGAAGGCCGACCAUUUGGAUCUAGCCACACUCAUGAUCGACUUCAAUGGGGAGGAAAAGGCAUGGGCCAUGGCUGUGGGGAUCUUUGCAGCUAUCAACAGGAGAGACCUCUGGGAAAAAGCUGAGAAGGACCAACCAGAGUGGAAUGAUGCACAUGCUUCUAAUCUCACUGUGGUAUGCCAGGAAGACAGCCUUGAAGAGGAGUGGAUGGGUUUACUGGGAUACCUUUCCCAAAUAUCAAUUUGUAAAAAAAAGAAAGAUUACUGUAAGAUGUACAGAAGACAUGUGAGAAGCAGGUUCUACUGUAUCCAAGAUAGAAAUGCACGUCUGGGUGAGAGUGUGGACCUCAACAAACGCUACACUCAGCUACAAAUGGUCAAGGAGCAUCCCAGCAAGCAAGAGAGGGAGCAUGAACUACUGACCAUUGGCAGGACCAAAAUGUGGGACAGCCCCAUGAGUUCCAUUAAGCUGGAGUUGCUAUUUGAGCCUGAGGAUAAGCACACAGAGCCUGUGCACACAGUGGUGUUCCAGGGAGCAGCAGGCAUUGGGAAAACAAUACUAGCCAGGAAGAUUAUGUUGGACUGGGCAUCUGGGAAGCUCUUCAAAGACAAAUUUGAUUAUGUAUUCUUUAUCCACUGUCGAGAGGUGAGCCUCAGGACACCAAGGAGUCUGGGAGACCUGAUUGUCAGCUGCUGGCCUGAUCCAAAGCCACCACUGUGCAAGAUCCUGCAUAAGCCUUCCAGGAUCCUCUUCCUCAUGGAUGGCUUUGAUGAGUUGCAAGGGGCCUUUGAUGAGCACAUUGGAGAGGUCUGCACAGACUGGCAGAAGGCUGUCAGGGGAGACAUCCUGCUGAGCAGCCUCAUCCGAAAGAAGCUGCUGCCCAAGGCCUCUCUGCUCAUAACAACGAGGCCGGUAGCCUUGGAGAAACUGCAGCAUCUGCUGGACCACCCUCGCCAUGUAGAGAUCCUAGGUUUCUCUGAGGCCAAAAGGAAGGAGUAUUUCUUUAAGUAUUUCUCAGAUGAGCUGCAGGCCAGGGAAGCCUUCAGGCUGAUCCAAGAGAAUGAGAUCCUCUUUACCAUGUGCUUCAUCCCCCUGGUCUGCUGGAUUGUGUGCACAGGGCUGAAGCAGCAGAUGGAGACUGGGAAGAGUCUGGCACAGACCUCCAAGACCACUACUGCCGUCUAUGUCUUUUUCCUCUCCAGCCUGCUGCAGUCCCGAGGGGACAUGGAGGAGCAUCUCUUCUCUUCCCACCUACAGGGGCUCUGCUCACUGGCUGCAGAUGGAAUUUGGAACCAGAAAAUCCUAUUUGAGGAGUGUGAUCUGAGGAAACACGGCCUGCAGAAGACAGAUGUCUCUGCUUUCCUGAGGAUGAACGUGUUCCAGAAGGAAGUGGACUGUGAGAGAUUCUACAGCUUCAGCCACAUGACCUUCCAGGAGUUCUUUGCUGCUAUGUACUAUUUGCUGGAAGAGGAGGAAGAGGGGGUGGCUGUGAGGAAGGGACCAGCAGGUUGUUUGGAUCUUCUGAACCGAGAUGUGAAGGUCCUCCUAGAAAAUUACGGCAAGUUUGAAAAAGGCUAUCUGAUUUUCGUGGUCCGUUUCCUCUUCGGCCUUGUGAACCAGGAGAGAACCUCCUAUUUGGAGAAGAAAUUGAGUUGCAAGAUCUCUCAGCAAGUCAGACUGGAGCUGCUGAAAUGGAUUGAAGUGAAAGCCAAGGCCAAGAAGCUGCAGAGACAGCCCAGCCAGCUGGAACUGUUCUACUGCCUGUAUGAGAUGCAGGAAGAAGACUUUGUGCAGAGGGCCAUGGACCACUUUCCCAAAAUUGAGGUCAACCUCUCUACCAGAAUGGACCAUGUGGUGUCCUCCUUUUGUAUCAAGAACUGUCACCAGGUGAAAACACUUUCUUUGGGGUUUCUCCACAACUCCUCCAAGGACGAAGAAGAAGAGAAAGGAGAGAGUCAACACUUGGCCCAGGUCCAGUGUGUUUUCCCAGAGCCCCACACUGCCUGUCCUUCCAGAUUGGAGAGCUGCUACCUCACAUCUAGCUUCUGCCAAGGCCUCUUCUCCACUCUAAGCACCAACCAGAACCUCACAGAACUGGACCUCAGUGACAAUACCCUGGGGGAUCCGGGCAUGAGGGUGCUGUGUGAGGCACUCCAGCUUCCGGGCUGUAACAUUCAGAGACUGUGGUUGGGGCGCUGUGGACUUACCCAUCAAUGCUGUUUCGACAUCUCCUCUGUCCUGAGCAGCAGCCAGAAGCUGGUGGAGCUGGAUCUGAGUGACAACGCCCUGGGGGACUUUGGAGUCAGACUUCUGUGCGCAGGUCUGAAGCACCUCUUCUGCAAUCUGCAGAAACUGUGGUUGGUCAGCUGCUGUCUCACAUCUGCGUGUUGUCAGGAUCUCGCAUUGGCUCUGAGCUCCAACCGUUCUCUGACCAGACUGUACAUCGGAGAAAACGCCUUGGGGGAUUCAGGAGUUCAAGUUUUGUGUGAAAAAAUCAAGCACCCACAGUGUAACUUGCAGAAGCUGGGGUUGGUGAAUUCCGGCCUUACUUCCAUUUGUUGUUCGGCUCUGACCUCCGUGCUCAAAGCCAGCCGGAACCUCACACACCUCUACCUGCGAAACAACGCUCUCGGAGACACGGGCCUCAAGCUCCUCUGUGAGGGACUUCUGCACCCCAACUGCAAGCUGCAAAUGCUGGAAUUAGACAACUGCAGCCUCACCUCACACUGCUGUUGGAAUCUCUCCACAAUGCUGACCCGCAACCGGAGCCUUCGGAAGCUGAACCUGGGCAACAAUGACUUGGGCGACCUGGGUGUGGUGAUGCUCUGUGAGGUUCUGAAACAGCAGGGCUGCCUUCUGCAGAACCUACAGUUGUGUGAAAUGUAUUUUAAUUAUGAAACAAAACAUGCCUUAGAAGUGCUACAGGAAGAAAAGCCUGAGCUGACCAUUGUCUUUGAGCCUUCUUGGUAGGCAUGGAAACAGGACUGCCAGGUGCCAAGGCCUGCUCUGUGCCCCAGAGCAUCCCAUCCUUCACGGUUAUAAACCCUCCUCCUCCACCAUCAGGACCACAGCCAGGGUUGUUCCAGUGCAGAGUCUGGAGAAAAGGCUCAUGUGGGGAG